ACUCGCACGGUCGUUCCUUCACCCGUUCGUCCGUUCGUCCGCGCGUAUCCGCCUACAACGUGCGCCGCGCUUGCACCUUUGGGUCGAUCGCGUAUAUACAUAUAUACAUUGUAGGCCACACGGUCGGUCUAGACCACACAGACCCAAAUCUUCCCAGCCCUGGGUAGCCGUAAUCUCUGAUGCCAUGGAGCUCUCCGAAGACUACGCAGCGUGCCGAGCACUACUGCCUCAAGAGCUACUAUGCCGUAUCUUCGCUUACCUUGGAGUAGCUGACAGGCUGGCGGCAGGGCUGACCUGUAAAACGUGGCACAAGUUAACCGCUGACAGCCGCAUCUACGGCGACGUGGUUGUCACCUUGGAAAAGAAUGUGAAAGAGCGAAUGGUUGCGCUCUCCACUUCACAAACGGUGGUAACGUGCUUGGUGGUGAAGAACUCUGCGCUGGACGCGGCUGCCAUGUUCUGGGAACACGUAGGGUCGACACUCAAGAGGCUGCACUUUGAGAACUGCUGUUUUUCCUGGAAGGAGUUCGCUUCGGUGCUCCUUAAGUGUCCGAAGCUAGAGCACCUGGCGAUUUGCCGCUGCGACAAAUUCGUGUCGUCAAGUGAUGAGUCCGCAUUUGGUGACAGUGCACCGCAAUUUUUUCGUCCUACGCCAUCCGGAAUCAGCUCAGUCGACCUGUCGGAAAAUGCUGACCUAUCGGAUUCUGCCUUUCAUCAAGUAAUGACGGUGGUAGGAAAACUUCACGCGCUCUCAUUGGAAGGCUGUGCGCUAUGCGUGCAUCCGGCCAUCUAUCGCCGCUUCUACCCGCCUGGACAAGUGCAUAGCCCGCUGGUGUUGACGUUUCAGCACAUGCUCAGGAGCCUCGAAGGAGCGCCGCUCAGGGUGCUUAACCUGAGUCGCACGAUGAUCGACAACAAAUGUCUCGCGCAGCUGUCUGCGGCCUACUCGAAGACGCUGCGGGAGCUUCACGCGGCCUCGUGCGCACAGUUAGGACUGCAGGGUGUGAGAGCUUUGUGUGAAAACGUGCCGAAACUCAAGUGCCUAAACCUCGGAUCUAACAGGCAACUUAAAGACAACUGUCUGUUAACCGUCUGCGAAAGCCUUGAGAACCUCGAAACGCUGAAUAUGUCCAAUUGCACGGAAAUCACGUACGCGGGAUUCGCUAAACUAGCUCACCUUCGGAAGCUUCAGUACGCCAGUUUCUCGGACUGUUGUCUCAGCGACCAAGAAACGAUGGUGCAGCUGUUUUCUUCCAGACCAUGGCCAGCAAUGCGAGCGCUCAACAUCAGCUCUUGCAGAAUAAAUGACGCCGUGGCAAGGUGUCUGGCUGAACAAAUGCCGACGCUCGUAUCUCUCGACGUGUCACACACGACGCUGCUUACCGAUGACGCAGUGCGCGCUAUCUGGACCCACCUACGCCUCCUCAGAGUCCUCCGCAUGGAACGUUGCUUAAAGCUCACUGACGCAGCCUUAUACCGUUCAGGCAACUUGAAAACGUGCGAGCCCACCUCCAUGGCUUGUCUCAGUGGUCUGAAAAAGCUGAGCCUCAGCGGCUGCUACCUAGUGUCCGACGCAGGAGUGUUGGCUGCAGUGAUCUUUAAGGAACUGACUUCUCUGGACGUUGGGCACUGCAACCUGCUCUCGUCUGCGUCCUUGAAGCACAUUGCCUUGCACUGUCCCAGCUUGUCAAAGCUAGUGCUGAGCUUCUGCGUGCAGUUGGACGAUGGCGCACUGACAUCGGUCCUCAGGCCGUCGACGAGACUAAGACACCUCAACAUAGAAGGCUGCAGAAACAUGACUGAUACAGCUCUCAUUUAUGUCGCUCAAUGCCUGUCAGUAAAGUACGUGAACGUUAAAUCAUGCAUGGUGACACUAAAUACGCUACAACAGCUGUCACUAGAGCGACAAGAUCUUGAAGUGGUGCAUACUGUAUGCCGUGUGGAAUGAGCUACCAAGAAGGCUGCAUAAUAUUGUAAUUUUAACGCAAGUAGCAUUCUUGGCGUUGUCAGACUAUAAAUUUUCCGGCUAUCUAUCUAACCGUUUUCGUGGUGGUGCAGUCUAAAAAUGUGGGCUUAACCUCGUUCACGGCAUUCUUCGAUUAAAAAAAGAAAUCCCUUUAAAAUUUCUCCGAAUAAAUUUCCGGCUGAAAAUAAUGCUAUUCAAAUACUUGGAUAGAUAUCAUUGAUUAGUUCUUCCCGGAUUGUUUUCUGGUUGUAGUUAAACCAUUGCCCCAACACGUCGCAACCGUUCUCGGCGAGUGCUUGCUCUUACGUCACCACUGAUGCAACGAAAAGCAGUUAUUUUGGCUAUUUUCUCAUGUCAAGGAAGUGGUUAGUUUAAAAUCCUUUGCACCUCUCGUCUUAUAUAAAAUAGGUAAAUUCACACAAAAAAGUAUUAUGUUAAAAACGGGGGGAAAAAAGUUAGCGCCAUUCUACUUUCUGAAGGUGGAUGACCAGCGAAUCUGUGUAUGUGGUGUUACGACUGGCAUUUAGCACAGUUGUGCCCGGCGGCUGUUUUCGACAAAGAAUGCUGCCCUGACAGACCUGCAGCCUGGAUGAAAUGCCAUUCACGCCCUUCGGUGCCUUGCAAGGCCGGGGAGCUGGCGACUAGACCAGCGUCACCUGAGACUAAUGGACAAGCCAUUAUGUUUCCUAACUUCGGCUGUCCAACAGCCCUAGACCAGCGUCACCUGAGACUAAUGGACAAGCCAUUAUGUUUCGUAUCUUCGGCUGUCCAACAGCCCAGAGCUCAGCCGAAGAUACGAAACAUAAUGGCUUAAUUGUCCAUUAGUCCCAGAGCUGUUGGACAGCCGAAGAUACGAAACAUAAUGGCUUGUCCAUUAGUCUCGGGUGACGCUGGUCUAGUCGCCAGCUGAUGGGCGAGACGAAUUCUGAGUCAUCGGUCUCGUGCAUCGUUUAACGACAUCGUCGCUCUUUUCCGUCACAGUAUAGACUGCGACAGUCAAACAAAAGCUCACUUGAGACGAAGACAACGCCGCCCUUCGUGGAGACGCUAUUUAGCGUGAAGGCCCAUCUCUCAGUCAAGCUGAUCUUCAUAAAAAGCCCUAUCAUUCUUGCAAGGGGCCAACGGCAAGACUUUUCGUGGGAACGGAUCAAAGUUGAGGUUCUCAAGUCGCCAAGCGGUUGCCCGUAUGUCGAGGCGCUUGCGCAACCUUGGAGGCAUAAUCCGGCGGAACGGUGCAACGUCAGGGGCGAGAUUUUGCGAAUGUUAAAUUUCGGCGAUUGUGAUUGGACAAGAACAACAACAGUGAAUUCCCUUACGAGAGAAAGGGGGAAAAGGAGGGGCUUAAAAAGCGGACCUUCAGUGCUGUGAGUGUUCUCGUUCGUGCUCGUACAUUGAAUCUCUUAAAAUGUAAAUGCUGUAAAUAAAGCCUUUUUUGCUCCUCUUGGACGUCGCCCCAAACCUCUUGAUCGCCCGGCACCUGGCACUUCAACAACCACGUAAACUCGGAUUAACCGCUCGGACACGAGUCGCAACAACUGGUGGUUGACUGCAGUGAAAUGGAACCUUCAGCCAACGCCAAACCCAACAGUGGUGAUUAACCGUUGCUCCGGUGAAACGUUCCAAGUUUGGGGGAUCGGGGCCACAUGGACGGUUCGCGUUUCUUUCCGCCUCGCGGUCCUGGCGGGCAGCACGCUUACGCUUGGCGUCCGUGGCCCGCUCAUCGUCGGUGGUCUCCUUCCGUCGCCGCCGCGCCCAUUCCCUUUUCUGUUCACGCCGUCGUUCUUGGUAGGCACGCUGUUCUUCUUCAGACCGUACAACACGCGGCCUACGCAUGUCAUAGUCAGAGCAGAACUGAUGAAAGGAGCCUACAUAGAGCAUGGCGUCAGGAGACAGAAGACACUCUGAUUGGUAGGCACUAGUUUGAAUACGCGGGAUGGCGUACACGAGUAUAUGGUGCGAACGUAGACACGGCCGACGCGGGUCAGAGUGUAGUAUCUGUUCUUAUCAGCUUAAUAUCUGAUACGGGUUGUAUUUGGCCCCAAGAUAUUAAACUUAUUUUUGCAAGCUGGCGGAGUGCUUGAAGCCUGCUUCACCUCCGCCGCGGGUCGAUCCGGUAUUGUGCUAUAUUAUUAUAGUAUAGUCUACGGACAUCGAUUCGCUGGAAAUUAGCCAUAUACAGAUUCGCUGUAAAACAGCCAUCAGAGCUGUUCCUUGUGAUAUCAGUGGUGACGUUAGAGAAGGCAUGAACCAGAACAAGGGCGGUAAUCUCGGCAUAAUGUGUUCAACUUCAUUUAAUGACGUCAUUAAACCUGCAGGAAUGUAGAAAAUAAACGGACUGUUAAUUGUGAAGGUCCAUGUUCGUGCCGAAACACGUACGCAGGCAAAUGAGCUGGACACGGUCACUACAAUGCCAAUAAAGCUAGGCCUUGCACACCUUGUUUACGUCACAAGAUGUCGGCACCAGCACUGAUGCUCUAAAGUCCCUGUAUGGUGCUCUUGUCUUUUUCGCUACAAGCAAAAGAUCAGCUUGUUCGAGACAUCAGCUGUCUUACACAGUAUGCUGCACCAUGCAUAACAUGGUGCUUGAUUCAGUGGCUGCACGCCCACUGCGGCAUGGCGGGCAACGUUGAGGCUGACUGGGUUGCUGGAGUAGCGCAUGGCGACUCAUCGCAGCUGGUGUCCGUACCUCUGUCUAAAAGGGAUAGGUUAAUCCUAGCGAACACCGUCGCCUGGUGCUCUUAAUGUGCUUUUUUUAUGGUCGAAAAAAAAAACCUUAUUCGCCCCAUAUCCAAUAAUCGCAUAUGAAGAUAUGUAGAUCCCAUACUAAAACCCGUAUGUUCCCAUACAAUGUGGGGAUCGUAUGCUGCAUGCCUUAUGGGAUAUAUCGGAACAUACUGAUUUUAAAUGGGAUGUAUAUGUUCAAAUGGGACGUGUCCCAUAUAUCACAUAUAGGAGCACAUUGGUUUCUAUAAUGCGAUCCCCAUAUGCUAUGGGAUUGUUGGAUGUGGGCCAUACGAGCAUUUUCGAUAGCGAUCAUGAAAGCGCUACUGGCUUCUAGCCGCCUGGUCCAGGAGGACCAGGCGGCUAGAACUAAUCUGGCUUGAACCAGAUGCUUUAGUUGCCUGUCACCGUGUGUGCUUGUCAUUUUUGCAUGCUCUUUUCAUGUGCACUAUAUGAGUGUGUCACGGAGCGGCAUAGUUUCCAGUCAUCGACACGCCGAUUAACGGGCGUCAAAAACGUCGUGGUCCCACGGUGCGGCAUAUAGUCUCGAGAUAGCAACACGCCGAUCAACGGGCGUCAAAAACGUCGCGGUCCCACGGUGCGGCAUAUAGUUUCGAGAUAGCGACAUGCCGAUUAACGGACCCAAGUGCGUGCGUGUGCGUCCGUGUGGUGCAGUGCGGGGGCGCGACCUCGCACAGCGAGGGGGGAAUAAACCGCUCCCUCGCCCCUGAUUAAAAGGAGUGCGGCCAAGACUUUUCGGAGGAGUCAUGAAAUAAUUAGGUGAACUCUGCAUACCUGCAGUUACCCGACAUAGGGAACUAGGGAAAGGAGAGGCUAUUUAAGCGCAGGUUUUAGGCCCUGUUAAUCAGUCUAGAAGCUGAGCCUGUAAUCGGCUGAGAAGCAGUCGAGGGGCUAGUGCCGUCCAGUAUCGCCUGGGCCGCCUAUCCACGUCGGAACUCUGAGGAACUAGUUGGCGUAUGAGACGACAAACCAACGUCUGCAACGAAGCUCACGGUAGUUCGCCUCAAGUUAGCUCAACCUGCUUGAGAGAAGACGUCAAAUCUAGACUCCCUGGAAACCCAGCCCAGCAAUCGCAUCCACCUCAACAAGAUCGGCUCGCCGGCAUUCUUCGGGAAAGCUCCGCGCGCCGACUUCACGGUUUAUGGACUUGCUGCUGCUGCCCGGCCAUGCAUAUGAUAUGACAUCGUUUGUUUCUUUUUGAACUUUGUUUUCUUUGAACUUUAUUUUAGUGAACUGCUGUUAAGUGUUAUUCUUGUAUAUUUGAUCCGCGCCCUGUUUCAUAUGUAUAUGCAUUGUUAAUUGCUCGUCACAUUUCUUUGUCGUCAUCAUUGAGCUAUAUUAAGUUCAGGUGUGUUAGUUUGUCUUGUGUUCUUUUACUAUUUUAUUUUAUUCAUUUGUGUAUAAUUAC